AUGGCAGAAAAGCAGUUCUAUCUCCGCGGACAAUACGAUUCGGCUGUAUGCAUGGUCGAAGUGGGAAGCAAGUUUGACAUACAUGCCAUACGAAAGAAGGUCGCAUCCCAAUUCGCAAUUAUAGAGCCAAAAGGAAUAUCGUUUCAUCUCGAUGGGGAGGACCUCAGCUCCACGGAAGAUAUUCUCGCAGUAAAUCAGCCAAUAGGUAUCUUAGUGGAUGGCGAAACAGUCCAUGAUGUUCCGGGGCCCAAGGGGCUUCCUCUACUCGGGAGUCACUGUGAGGUAUACCCCGACCAUAUUGGCAAUCAUCAACGUCUUUUCGAACUUUACGGGCCGAUCUUCCAGACAACAGUCAUGGGUCGGGUAGUUCACCACACUAAUGACCCAGUCCUAACUGCCCAUGCAUUCGCCGAAACUGAGUUCUUCACUAAAGACAUCAAUCACGCACAUCCUUUAUACGGGGUAAAAAGCGCUCACGCAGGAAUCUUUCUCACCAAUACAGCCACCAAGGAAUGGAAAGAGGGACAUAAGUUCAUUGUACCCGCAUUUAGUCCUAAGGCAAUCGCAGCCUAUACCCCACGCAUGGAAGGGGUUGUACGGCAUUCCUUUCCAAUAUUCGACGAGCUCGAUCAGGCGAACCAAGCAUGGAAUGCGUACAGCUUCAUGCUGAAACUAUCGUCGCAGCUUGUGGGGGAGCUUAUCAUUGGGGCUGAUUUUCGGCACUUUGAAAGGGUCGAUUCUCCAAUUCAUGAUAUCCCUAAGGCUAUUGUCAAGCUUUUAGGGUUGAACAAGAAAGUCACAUCAUGGGGAGAUUGGUAUACAUGGUUACCUUUCGGUGAUCCAAAACGGCUGCGAGAUACGUGGCAUUUAGUGGGGUCUCUGGUCGGUGAAUCUGUCAAGAAGGCUCCUAUUGGGGAAGGGCAUGUCUCCAUCCAGGAGGCGGGCUUGAAAACUCAGAGUUUAGCAGACUACCUUGUCCGUGCUAGAGAUAGCAAAGGCAACAAGUUGAGCGAUGAAAGCCGAACCCCAGCGCUCAUUGUGGCACUGACGGCAGGAUUCGUAACGACGAGUUCUCUACUUUCCUGGCUGAUCUACGGUCUGGUAACGUAUUCAGGGGUCCAGGAAAAGCUCUUGCAAGAGCUAAUCGACAAUAACAUGACGGAGACUUCAGAAAUGACUGGCGAAUUUAUAGGAAACCUAUCCUAUCUGGAUAAGUUCGUCAAGGAAACCCAGCGACGUCAUACUACAUCUUUCCAACCCGCUAGAACGACACGCAAAGAUGUUAUCCUUCCCGGAGGGUAUCGAGUUCCCAAAGACAGCGUGGUUAUCUCAGAAAUCCAUCAUCUUCACAAUAAUCCGGCCAUAUGGGACAAUCCGACUCAAUUCUCCACAGAUAGAUGGGAUACCGAGAGGGUCAAAAAUCGACAUCGCGGAGCCUAUAUCCCAUUUGCGAUGGGACCACGCAUGUGCGUGGCGACAAACUUCGUUGCUCGCGAGGUGAAAGUCUUUAUCGCCAUGCUUGUGUACCGGUAUGAAUUCUUCAGAGAAGGCAAUGAUCCGAUCGAAUAUGAUUCCAUGUUCCAAACUGUCAAGCCAAGCAACCUCUAUGUGCGGGCCCGGAGAAGGUCGCACGAUUGA